UAAACAGCGGAACCCACUGUCCAAAUUAAAGCAGCUGCCUUAAACUAUCUCUAAUGACUCUGUUUCAAAAACUGUUGAUACACUUUAUUAGUGCUUUGUUGGUACCGAAUCAUGUUAUCGUUAACAACGCUUCUCACUGUUUUUGGUGUGGUGCCCAUCGCUUUGACGGCAUCAGUUUGCAGGCAGAUUGGUUUCCCUCCUUCCGAAUGCCCCGAAAACUCUUCUGACUUGCCAAUGAUGGACUACGUUUUCGAGUGCUGGGGUGAUGCUCCUAAUGUCACUAAAUGGGAGGACCUGUAUAAAAAGAUAAAGGAAAUUGAUUCACCAAGUGCAGCAGCAACUAUCACAGACUGCAGCAGUUACCAGAACGUUACCGUAAUCACCAAAAGAGUAAUGAAAUCUGGAAGUGCGGACAUUGUGCCGGUGUACCACUUAGAAUAUUCUUGCUUGCGACCCUGGGUGCCAGUGUUUGGAGCGCGAGGAACGUUCCCUGAACACUGCACACGUAAGCGGCUGGCCGUUCAGUGUACCCCUGAAGGCGGUUGCUCCUGCUGUCUGAACGACUACAGAGAAGCCUACUGCCAGUAUGAUACGUACCGUCUGAGCCGAUUCUGGGAGUCCUGUACAGCAGUAGAUACAACCAACAACGGCUUGCCGCCGCCCAGCUGGAUAGCGGGUGCUACACACUCUGAUGGUGAUCCUUAUCGGCCCUUCCAAUACGCGCUUGAAUGUCCAGGACUUGCUUGGCCACCGCACGCCUUAUUUGAAGAUUUUCACAAGAUAUCUGACGCACAGUGCAGUCGGCUGAUCUUCAAUGCAACCAGUGAUGGAUUCUCCCAAUCGGGUGAUCCGAUCAAUGCCAGGUUCCGAGUUCAUUACACGUGUCGCCGGCCCUGGUCGUAUUGCUACGAACCACCGCGUGGGCCGGACUGCGUACCGGGAAAUGGUUGCAUGUGUUGCAAGACGUUAUACAGCGAAGUGAUGUGCCAAUACGAUAUGUUCUCUCUGAGCCGAUUCUGGAAGGCUUGCACACAUCUGUAUGCUGAAAUGACCAAUAUGGAGCUUAUCGAGAUCGAGAACUCUCCAACAGCCGAGUCUUCUCGGUGGAAGUACGAUUUGGAUAUGGAAGAUGGUUAUGGUGACUCAACUCACGUUUCGCAACACCCGUAUUUGGACCAUGGUAAUCCCAAUGUGGCCAUUCAUCCGUGCUGCGAGCCGCCGCUGAUGUUGACAGUCAAAAGGGCGGAGGGCCUGCAAAGGGUCGUCUGUGGAACCCGUCCCGAAGUGAUUCUUCCGUUUAAAUUAAUGUGGAAGGACUGGCCACAUGUCCACGUCGAAUACAGGGGUGCUACUCCCGGCUGGACGGGGCCGGUCUAUGGCGUCUUUGACAGAUUAAAUGUUUUUACGAAAUACACACUGCUCCGAGGGAUAACCGUACUGGACAAGUGCUUGAACAGAACAGACCAUGCCGCCGCUGUUACCAUGGAUCAGUGUGACCGGUGUAAAAAUCUAGAGGAAGUAAAGAACCUGUGGGACUCUGGAUACACCGUGAUGGUGUAGUAACUUAUGCAGAAGUUCAACCAGGCAUAUAGCAAUCGAUUCUGCCCACGAUAAACUCCAGCGCUGGACAGAAGCUACCUUUCAUUAAAAAAAGUUGAAGAAAAAAGAAUGCCAUCCGGUAGAGAAAGAUAUUUUUUAUUCACUUGAAAAUUCCCUAUGCAUGUAUGUGAUCGCAAAGUGUGGCAUGCUUUUUCAAUGAAUAUGGAAAUCUGCAAUCUUUUUAUCGAGUUUUUGAGCUAUUUUUUUCCGCAGUGAUCACAUUUGUUUGAAGUCG